UAAAUUGCACAUGCGUCAUCGAGUAAAGAAUCAUGUGAUUAUUGUUUUUACCAGUCAUGUGAUUGAUUGCACCAUCAGCAUUUAAUUUGUAUAUAAACACUACAAUUAGGUAAAUGCCUACUCUUUUAUUGCACUCUAUUCAUUCGAUUCUAUUCUGUCUAGACAGUACAAUCAUUACAAUAAAGCAAGUAUUUCUCGAGAACGUCUUUGAGUUAACUCUUACAUCAACCUAUCAAGUAAAUGUUAGAGUAAGCAAGUACUUUAACAUUAAUGGUCCUUCGAGCCGAGCAAGGCAUCAAGAAAUCAAGGAAUUAUCAGGACAACAAGGUCUAAGCAAGACAACAAGGUCAGUGAAUCAAACAAGUGAACAAGUGAUCAUCAAAACAUCCAGUGAGACAACAAGAUUUGCGUACCCGAUGGCAACUCACUCAGAAAAUAUUUCAAGACUUGUGGAAGAGAUGGCGUUCUGAAUACCUAGCACUGUUAAACUCAAGAAGUAAAUGGAAAAAGUCACAAGACAACAUCAGCAUCAAUGACGUCGUGCUUAUUCAUGACGAUAACCUGCCGCCCGGCAAGUGGGCAAUGGGCAGAGUUAUAGAGCUACAUCCGGGACAAGACGGAUAUGUAAGGGUUGUUACACUCAAAACAAAAAACGGCACACUGAAGCGCCCAGUAGUCAAGCUCUCCCUUUUGUUAGAGCACACCGAAGAAGAGCCCAGAAUACAUCAAAGUAACUCGCUACCUGAGCGAGAUACCGAUAAGCAAAACUCGACAAGAAGUUAUCAAAAACCGAAGGCAAACAAGGCCACAUUGUCAUCAAUAUUCGCCGUAUUACUCCUACUUUUAUCAUGCCUCACAACCGGUCAGUGCGAUGUCAACAUCAUACCAUUUCGUGAAACACAAGGGCUAUACUUUGAUAAAUUAGCAAACAUGUUGCUAAUUAGAGAUGAAUGGAAGCUGGUCGUCUAUUACAACAUGGAACCUUACUGGGACGCAACAAACGCAUUACAAAAAUACAGCCGAUUUCUAAAAGAUACAUGCGCAACUAUCAAGACACAAGUCCACUGUGACGUAAUAUUACUACAACUUCGUCAUGGAUUCUCCGAACUUGAGUACUAUAAUGAAAUAUUACUCAGUCAGCAUUCGAGCACCCGACAAUCAUCGCUACGAACACUACGAACCCGCCGCGGCCUUGCCGACGGUGUCGGUUACUUAGCUAAUAGCCUAUUUGGCGUAUUAGAUGCACGAUUUGCCGAACAAUAUAGAAGAGAUAUUGCACUUUUACAACACAACGCUCAGCACAUGGCUUCACUUUGGAAAAAUCAAACCUCCGUAGUCGAAGCGGAAUAUAAUUUAUUAAAGCGUAGCGAAGAUACAAUGAAUCAACAGCAUAAAAUGAUAAAUCAACAUAUGAACAAUUUGGAAGAAGCGUUCAAGAAUUUACAACACAAGGUUGAAACUAACAACAUUGUUAAUGACUUCAACUUAGGAACUAUUAUCGCAAGUAAUAUGCUCCACAACUUAAAGGGAAUGCAGGACAUGUUAUUGGACACCGUCACCGACAUCCACCAAGGACGUUUUAACCCACACGUGCUCACUCCGGAACAACUUAUUAAUGAGUUAAGCGCCGUUGCAAGCAAUCUACCAAGAGACGUGUCCCUGCCUAUUGACAACUUACACACGGAUCUACGCAAGAUAUACAACCUGUUGAAAGUAAAGGCAAGGAUGAUGGACGACGUACUUAUUUUCGAGAUAAGGCUGCCUCUAGUUAGCCGAGAUAUUUAUGAACUUCUAAGGAUUAUUCCGAUACCCAAAAGGACUGGAAACAAGAUAACCGCUGUUAUACCUGUAUCGGAGUAUGUCUCCAUAAACAUGAAAAAAGACAUGUAUAUUCCUGUCUCAGAAAAUGAUAUCAGAGCUUGCACAAUAUCAUCAGAUUCCUAUUUCUGCUACAUCAAGAAACCAGUCUAUCAAUUGAAAGGCGACAACAGUUUUUGCGAAUCAGACAAAUCGGGAUGCAAGACUGCCAGCACGACAUGCACAAAUAAUUGGAUCGAAAGUAACGCUCUAAAUACCUAUAUUUAUUUUUGUUGUGCACAGUGUCAAGUUCGAACAUUGUGCGCGGAUCAAGUCACCGCGCACCAGCUGACGAAUGCCGGACUUAUAAACGUAGGUCAUGGCUGCAUUAUUAAGACUAAUAAUUUCUCUGUUUUUCCACACAAACCUCACUGGUCUGAGCUUAAAAUGAAACCUGAUUUAUACAUCCCUAUUAUGGCACCUAUAAAUCACGUAAUCAAUAUUACCAUACCUCCCCUCCAACAGAAAAACGAAUCUGAAGAUCUACAAAGGGAAACUAACGAACUUGGAGAAAAGAUUGAACAAUUGAAGACCACCGAAGUUAACGCCGAGACCAUAUCAUAUCACGAUAUUCAUCACUACGCCAUGAUAUACGUGAUUCUUGGAGUAAUCGGAACUACAGCAUUAUUUAUCAUAAUACGACGAACGCUCGGGAAAAUGCCGCCUACGCCGUCCCGACACAUCGCCGAGGAACCUCCGGCCGCCACGCCGCCCCCGCCCCGCGCGUCGCCGCGCUCCGUCGUCGUCACCGAGGCGCACCAACUCAGCGAUGAAGAUCACUGCGACACGUCAAAUCCUUCGCGAUUAGACAAGGCGACAUCCCCUUCAUUUAAAGUAGUUACUUUUAGUUAGAUUUAAUGUUUAUCAUGUUUUUUAGCAGCAUCUCCCUCUCCUCUCAACCGCCCCCGGAAUAUGUACAAGUAAAUUGCACAUGCGUCAUCGAGUAAAGAAUCAUGUGAUUAUUGUUUUUACCAGUCAUGUGAUUGAUUGCACCAUCAGCAUUUAAUUUGUAUAUAAACACUACAAUUAGGUAAAUGCCUACUCUUUUAUUGCACUCUAUUCAUUCGAUUCUAUUCUGUCUAGACAGUACAAUCAUUACAAUAAAGCAAGUAUUUCUCGAGAACGUCUUUGAGUUAACUCUUACAUCAACCUAUCAAGUA